AUGUCUGCUGGACGAGUCGUGAAUCCGGCGAAACUCAACAUCCUGGUUUACUCCGGCCAUGGAAGCACGGUCGACUCUGUCCGCCAUUGCUUGUACACUCUGCGCCGCCUGCUAGCCCCCAACUAUGCUGUCAUCCCCGUCACCGCAGACAUGAUAGUCAAAGAGCCAUGGAUCUCCACAUGCGCCUUGCUCGUCAUGCCCGGUGGCGGAGACUUGGGCUACUGCCAAUCUCUCAAUGGCCAGGGCAACCGGCGCAUCUCUCAAUUCGUGCACAACGGCGGCGCAUACCUGGGCUUUUGCGCCGGCGGAUACUACGGAAGCCAGAGAUGCGAGUUUGAAGUCGGCGACAAGAAGAUGCAAGUCGUUGGCGAGCGAGAGCUAGCCUUCUUUCCGGAUACGUGUCGCGGCUGUGCGUUCGCGGGCUUUGUCUAUCAUAGUGAGGCUGGUGCUCGUGCGGCAGAAUUGAAGGUGUCCAAGUCGGCAUUCUCGAGUGACGCGGUGCCGGACUCUUUUCACAGCUAUUACAACGGCGGCGGCGUGUUUGUUGAUGCUGAAGCGUAUGCUGACCAGGGAGUGGAAGUUUUGGCCAGCUAUACCGAAGAGCUUUCUGUCAACCCUGGCAAGGGAGCAGCUGCAGUCAUAUAUCGCCAAGUAGGCGAGGGAUCAGUUGUUCUGACGGGGCCACAUCCAGAAUUUGCAGCUAUCAACCUUGACAAAUCCGCCGGCGGCCCUGAAUAUGAAAAAGUUAUUGAACAAUUAGCGGCCGACGACAAGAUGAGGAUGGAUUUUUUGAAGGCGUGUUUGACGAAACUGGGUUUGCAAGUGAAUCAAGAAACCACUACGGUGCCAUCUCUUUCUUGCUUACACUUGUCCUCCGUCGAGCCUGAAUAUACUCAAACUCUCGUGUCUUCACUGGAAGAAGCAAUCACCAAGGGUGAGGGUGAUGAUGCGAACAAAGAAUUCCUCAAAGACGUCAAUGACACGUUUCAAAUCGAACGCAAUGCUGAAUAUCAGAUGCAAGAUCUGAAAGAAGCAUUGCCUGAUGCGGCGGGGGCAGACAGUGGGAAACCACCAAGUGAUCAAUCGAGUGCUACCGCUGACGAGGGCAUCGUUGAUUAUAACACGAUUGUUAAACGUCUCCUGGUUCACGACGAAUGGCCGCUGUCUAAACUAACACCCUAUUUCAACCACCAUGCAUUCUAUGCACAUCUAAAGCACUAUCAGUCCCGAUCGAGGGAAGCUGUACUUGAUUUCGGAAGAAAUACUCGCCUUCUUCGACGCCUGCCCACUGGCUUUACAAUGACAGCGACAGUUCAAGUUGCUGGAAGAGGACGUGGAUCCAAUGUAUGGGUAUCACCAGCCGGCGCUUUGAUGUUCUCAACCGUGAUUCGGCAUCCCAUGGAAAAGAUGCAGUCCGCACCUAUUGUAUUCAUUCAAUAUCUCGCUGCGAUGGCUGUUGUCCGAGGCAUAAAACAAUACGACAAGGGAUACGAGGACCUACCGAUUAAAAUGAAGUGGCCGAAUGAUGUUUACGCCCUUGAUCCCGCACAUCCAGACAAGAAACAAUACACCAAAAUCUCCGGCAUCCUCGUCAACUCACACUACUCUUCGGAAGAGUACCUUUCCGUAGUCGGCAUCGGCGUGAAUGCGGCUAAUGCAUCCCCGACCACAUCGCUGAAUGCCAUUGUUGAAAAAUUCGCAUCCCGGGCCACUGCCAAGUCGAGUCCCAUUAUCCUCGAGAAAUUGCUUGCGCGCAUUCUGACUGUCUUUGAGGAAUUGUAUAUCCGUUUUCUGCGCGUAGGGUUUGACAAGAAUUUUGAGGAUAUGUAUUAUGCCGACUGGUUGCAUAUGCAUCAGAUUGUCACUUUGGAGCAAGAAGGGGGUGCCAGGGCGCGUAUCAAGGGCAUUACGCGUGACUAUGGACUGCUUCUGGCUGAGGAGUUGGGAUGGGAGGAUCGACCGACUGGAAGAGUGUGGCAGUUGCAGAGUGAUAGCAAUAGCUUUGACUUUUUCAGGGGGUUGUUGAAGAGGAAGGUUUGA